AUGCCAUACUUAUUCAUUCGUUUUCGGUUUUUACAGUUGGAAAACGUCCAGUGCUGUUUGGAUUUCCUACACGCUCAAAAAGUCCAAGGAUUAGAACAAGUAACAGCUGUUGACAUACGGGAUGCGAAGCUAAAAGCAGUGUUAGCAUUAUUUUUUGCGCUCAGCAGACAUAAACAAGCAGCUAAACAGAAAACAGUGCCAUCUAGCGGCAAUGUUGCAAACACUGGAAAAAACUCAAGCGAAGAUGUUUCACUGAGUGCAGUACAACGCAUCACAGGUGGCAGCAGCUGUGAUGAAAUAUUAACAGCGUGUUCGAGUAACGUCGAGAUGACGACGUUAACAGCUAAUAGGCAAGUGUCGGUGCUGCAGACAUCGAUCCCUUUACCAGCGUCUGCAGCAGCCGUACGACGUGCCCCACCCGACAAGAGACCGCUGCCAGCUACACCUCAUGCAGGUGGCAAAAGUGGCUUGUCGGCUAGUUCCAGUCGCUCAACUAGUCCGUUGGGACAGGGAGUUGUCAGCUUUAUUCCGCGAGCGCCUGCUUCAUCGUCCGGGUCACGGCCUAACUCUUCGUUACUGGCACCUGGUAGUAAAAUCCCAUCCACCUUAACGCAGCAACACCCUCAAACUCCAUCCAGCCAAAAUGGAACACCUACAAAGCAUUCCAUGCUCGACAAGUUAAAACUAUUUAACAAGGAUAAAUUGAGUAAUGAAAAGCAAAACAGCAAGAGUACGGCAGUAUCAAAACGUACAAGUUCCUCCAGUGGUUUUUCCUCGGCCAAAAGCGAGAGAUCUGACUCAAGUUUAAGCCUAAAUGAGUCUUCGAACACACCAAAUGCACAUAUCAAAUCUUCUAAUUUAGUAGGACCCAAAUCUAUAAGACAACAAAGCGAUACAUUAUCAAGAGACAAGUCCGGUAAAAAUGUAAAACCUAAAUUAGUUAGUUCCAAAUCUCCCAGAGAAUCUUCUACAAACUUAAACAAAAACAGUAGCAGAACAAAUAGUGAAAAGUCAAGAAAUAGCCCCAAGCUACCAUCUCGAGAUAAAGAGUCUAAGCUGGCGGCACCUAAAUCUAUAAGUAAUACAAAAUUAAAUCAAAUAGAUGACCAUUCCAGAAACCCUAAUUCAUCAAAAAUGGUCAAAUUGUCAGGUAGUCAAAUGAAGCUCAGUGAAAAACGGUCUGAUGGUACCACGGACGUUAAAAAUCAAGAUAACGUAUCACCUUCAUCAAAAGGCUAUGCAACCCAACAACAAGCAGCCUCUGGUCAGAAUUUCGGCACUCCCAAUCAUACUGGAAUUCCUAAACCGACAGCUGCUGUUAAAGGAACGUUUAAAAUAGCGAAAGAUGAUAGACAUAUUAAUAAUAAAAGUACAAAUAGUCAAUUAAGUCCUAUACAAAGCAAUUCUAGUUUAAAUUCUACGAAUAACAUAAGUGCACUUCCAUUCAGUAGAGAGCAGUCUAAUUUAAGUAAAGAUAUAUCACAGAAACAAACUUUAGCCGUAUCGCCAAUGCCUGUUGUAAAUUCAGGAAGUCAUAAUCAUACGUCUCAAAUGUCUGAGAGUUCACAUUCUAAUUCCACUCACAGCACAACAGGACAGCAUUCUAACUCAAGUGAUAGUAGCGUUAUAUACCGUCCUUCCAGUGAAUCUGGCUCUGAAAUUUCGAAAGCUGCUACUAGUGCCGUAACUCAUAAUAAAAGAUUAGAUAUGAAUACUACAUACAUUAAUGAAGUUAUAAAUGAAGCAGAAAUCUCUGAAAAAGAAGCUGCUCAGAGAAGAACUAUUGAAAGGUCACCAAAACCGGCAUUUGAUCAUAACCGGACCUUGACUGAGUUGAAUAAAUCGAGUGACAGCCGAUCGAGCACUCCGUCACAUGGCCGCGACAACUCUUUAGGUGAUGAUGAAAACCCGUUAAUGAAUGUAAUGCCCAUGAGGCCGCUGCUACGAGGUUACAAUAGCCACUUGACACUGCCCAUGAGAACUUCAGGGUUGACGCAAAAGAACAUUCCCGGUUAUCCUCAUCAUGCAAACACAGUCAAAGCUAACUUUGGCAGGGAAAACAUGGGAUUGCGUGAUCGAAUAAAUUACGGCCCUGGAUUUUCAAACCCCGAUUAUUGCGAUCUUGAAAUUGCCUCGGGUUAUAUGUCCGACGGUGAUUGUUUGCGGCGUAUUAAUCUUGGUGAAAUGGAGUGUGGACGUAACAAUGAUAUGAUGGAUGGGUACAUGUCAGAGGGUGGCGCUUCGUUGUACGGCAGACGGAUGAAUUAUCAACAACCUUCGCAGCUACAACAACUGGACGAAAGACGCGGCGUUCGUAGAGGGAUGGAGGGCGGUAGUGGCGUGGUGUACCGCGUCGUGGGCCGGACUCGUAGCAAAGCUGACUGUGGUCAACAGACAGAUCGUCAGCCACCACGUCAAGAUACCACGUGGAAGAAGUAUACAGACUCACCUGGUGUUGGAGCACCGCCUUUGAAUCAACCAGUGCCAGGACCGCCGAGUCCUUCGCAUGGACGUAAGGGAGAACGACGUACUGGACAUCACUCACCGCAACACCAUAAGCGGGAGAAGCUGACCGCAGCGCAGCAGCUCGGUAUCGCACCACAUCCUCAGUAUGCUGCAUCUAAUUCAUCGGGCCAACACCCUUCAAGAAGUGGAGGAUCACAGUUACAAUCACCCGGCGGUGGAUCUUCUCGGCCGUCGAGCGUAUCAAGUGGAGGCAAUGGUAGCAGCUGUUCAUCAGGAAAGGCAAAAGUGCCACAAAGCUUUGGUUAUGUAAAACGUCAAAACGGCGUGCAGCAGCCUUCACCGCAAUCUAAUGGACCCCCACAACACGGUGGAAGGACGGCUCAAGUUUCUGCAGUGCCAAGAACUAAAGUUAAAGUCUCGGGAGGAACACAAACGUGUACACAGGAUCUUCAGAUUCACAAAAAUGGGAUUGGGCCUAAAUCAUACUCAUUGGGUGGUACAGCUGCUGCACAGCUGUCAGCUUCAGUUCGAGAAAGACUACUUGGAUCUCAAUCACUACCAAAACCUGGAACACAUGAGUUUGCAGCACUGUUUCAUCAUCACAGGAUUGCACCUAGGGGUGGUAUUAAAAUCAGUGAUGGUAGUCUUUCUGAUACACAAACAUAUUCUGAAGUGAAGUCUGACUAUGGUAUACCAUACGCACCUUGGCUGAGACACAGCAAUACAUAUUCGGCGAGCGGACGCCUGUCCGAGGGCGAGUCGAUGGAAUCGCUUACGUCGUUGCACUCGGCGCAGGCGCACAACCACACUUCCCCUAACUCACACCACCGCAGCUCACUUACACACAAUAAGCUCAUCAUGCACCGGGACGCACAGGGCUCCAGGUUAAACAGGAGCAACAGUAUUAGGUCAACCAAGUCGGAGAAGUUGUAUCCGUCAAUGUUGCAGCGGUCUUCAGAAAGCGACUAUGAGCCGUACUAUUGUUUACCUGUUCAGUACGGACCCCCUGGGCAAGGUCUAAACUAUGGUGUAUCGGAGCCACCAUCACCGUCUCCACGAUCAGCUCUGAGCCCAACACACCAGCCUGGCAACGUUAUGCAUACGCCGAGACAUUCACACCACUAUCCGAAGAAAAAUGAUGACGUUCACGGGUCAACAGCUUCGUUGGUGUCGACCGCAUCGUCCCUCGCAGCCGGCGCUGGCUCUGAAGAGAGGCAGGCGCAUGAGGUACACGAUAUUGGUGUGCGGAAAUUGAGAAGAGAGCUGGCGGAUGCUAAGGAUAAAGUGCACACACUAACUACGCAACUGACAACUAAUAUGCCGAUUGAGUCUAAAAUUACUUGGUCAGCAAAGAUUGUAAUUUGUAGAUCUCUUGUAACUUGUGCUGACAUGACGGCUUAUGCUGAAUAG